UUCUUCAAUAUGUGGAAUUGAUAGUAUCAUUGAAUAAUGGCUGCUGCAAAUGAAGACGAAAUAUUAGAAGGUUUUUUGUGCCCGAUAUGCAAAGCAGACUUGAAAUCUGCUACUCAGCUUACGAAUCACUUUGAGAGUUUACAUCAGGAAGAACAGGACGUUCUUAAAUCUCUAAAGGAUAUAUUCGGUAAAGCGAAGAAAAUAAUUUUAAACAACGAUGAUACAGAAUUGAAAGAAACUUUUGAUCGGGCGUUAAAAUUUAAUUCGCAAGAAUAUUAUUACCCUAAUGAAGAACAGUCAAUUGGUGUGUCACGCAGCUCUACCGAUUAUUUUAGAGGUGUAAGGUCAGCACGACUGGAAAGAUAUGCAACUGAAACUAAUAAACUGCUUAUUCGCUUAGACAAGCUCGUCUGUAAUAUGCCCAGUGAACCAAAUCAAAGGAAGGCUUUUGAACAAGAGGUUGUGCCAUGGCUGGAUGGUUCCUCGGUGAAACUGUGUCCUAAUUGUGCUAAAGCUUUUAACCUGACUAGACGGAAGCAUCACUGUCGCCUCUGUGGAUCUCUACUCUGUCAUGAUUGCUCUGUCUUUCUUGAUUUAAAUGUAGCAAAAUCAAUUGUCGAUCCAUCCAUACCCCAAACAUCAACACAACCUGAUCAAGAAGUUACAGAGAAGAAUGGGCUAAGACUUUGCGAACAUUGUUAUAACCUGAUAGAGUUGCGUAAACAGAUCCAAGAGAGACGUAAUGCAAAGACAGCACUUGUGACAGCAUAUGAGCAAAUGAGAAGUCUAAUGGAUCAAGCAAGGCCCGCUGUAGCUAUGUACGAAAAGAUGUGUCAAAGUCUGUUUGAUGGUGAAACAACAUACAACUUGGCAGAUGUGAACGCGAUGCGUGGUAAAAUAGGCAAACUGGCAGAGGGUAUUGACCUGCUGAGUAAGCAGGUAGUCGCUCACCCCGCAGAGCCCGGCACACGGCAGGCACGACUGCAGAACUCUAUACGACAGGCGGCUGCGCAUUAUAUUAAGGAGGAUCUACUAUCAUUGCGCAAGUUACCAACUGAGGCUCAGAUUGAGGAAGUGCGCAUAGAGCGGUACGAGCGUGCGCAGAAGCAGAUACAGUUGGAAAGAGAACGGAGGGAAAGAGAAAGAGAUUGGAGAGAAGAAGUCUCGGCGAGCGGCAGUCGGCUGGAGCACGCUGAUAUCGAUGAAAAUAAUCCUCUCAUAGAGCAAAUGAAUAUCAUCAGAGGAUAUAUAAAAGAUGCAAGGAAAGAACUCAGAUUUGAAGAGGUAGCCAUUUUGGAAGCUAAUUUAAAAGAACUGAAGAAAGAAUAUCAACUGCAAAUGCUCUCACACAAGCCCUAGUCAUUCCUUAUUUGAUAUAAGCUUAUUUAAACUGUUUCAUUACAAGACUUAAAUGUAAUUUAUGAU